AUGAGUGUCGUCGGUGUCGAUUUCGGUUCUCUCAACACCGUCGUCGCCGUCGCGAGGAAUCGGGGUGUCGAUGUGAUCACCAAUGAAGUCUCCAACCGGGCAACGCCGUCCCUCGUCGGCUUCGGGCCCAAGUCUCGCUACCUCGGCGAGUCCGCAAAGACACAAGAGAUCUCCAACCUCAAAAACACCGUCGGGAGCCUAAAGCGCCUUAUCGGACGCUCGCUCAAGGAUCCCGAUGUCCAGAUCGAGCAGAAGUACGUCUCGGCGCAGUUGGUUGAGAUCAAUGGCCAGGUCGGCGCCGAGGUUCAGUACCUCGGCCAGAAGGAGCAGUUCACUGCGACACAAAUGGCCGCCAUGUUCUUCAGCAAGAUCAGGCAGACUACCGCCGCCGAGAUCAAGCUCCCCGUGUCGGAACUCGUCAUGAGCGUGCCCACAUGGUUCACCGACGCCCAACGCCGCGCCAUCAUCGAUGCCGCCGAGAUCGCUGGCCUCAAGCUGCUCCGCCUCAUCAACGACACAACCGCCGCCGCGCUCGGCUACGGCAUCACCAAGCUGGACUUGCCCGCUGCCGAUGAGAAGCCCCGCCGUGUCGCCUUCGUCGACGUCGGCUACAGCGACUACAGCUGUUCCAUCGUUGAGUUCAAGAAGGGAGAGCUCGCUGUCAAGGCCAACGCCUACGACCGCCACCUCGGCGGCCGCGAUUUCGACCGCGCCCUUGUCGAGCACCUGCAGAAGGAAUUCCUCGGCAAGUACAAGAUCGACAUCUUCAACAACCCCAAGGCCCUGACCCGCGUCUACGCCGCCGCCGAGAAGCUAAAGAAGGUGCUGUCGGCCAACCAGCAGGCGCCUCUGAAUAUCGAGUCGCUCAUGAACGACAUUGAUGUCCGUGCCAUGAUUACGCGGCAGGAAUUCGAGGCCAUGACCGAGCCCCUGAUCAACCGCAUCGAUGUCAUUCUGGAGCAGGCCCUCGCCGAGGCCAAGCUCAACAAGGAGGACAUCGACAUCAUCGAGGUCGUUGGCGGUGGUAGCCGUGUGCCGGCCAUCAAGGAGCGCAUCCAGGGUUUCUUCAACAAGACCCUCUCCUUUACCCUGAACCAGGACGAGGCCAUUGCCCGCGGCUGUGCCUUCAGCUGCGCCAUCCUGUCCCCCAUCUUCAAAGUCCGCGAUUUCGCCAUCCAGGACAUCAUCAACUACCCGAUCGAGUUCGCCUGGGAGAAGGAUGCCGACAUUCCCGACGAGGACACCAGUCUCACUGUCUUUAACAAGGGCAAUGUGAUGCCCUCCACCAAGAUCCUCACCUUCUACCGCAAGCAGGCCUUCGACCUGGAAGCUAGGUACGCCAAGCCCGAGGGUCUUCCCGGGAAGGCCUCUCCUUUCAUCGGACGCUUCUCCGUCAAGGGAGUGAAGGCGACCGGCGGCCCAGAGGACUUCAUGAUCUGCAAGCUCAAGGCCCGCGUCAACAUCCACGGCGUCCUGAAUGUCGAGAGCGGCUACUACGUCGAGGACCAGGAGGUGGAGGAGGAGGUCAAGGAGGAUGGUGAUAAGAAGGACGGCGAUGUGAGUAUUCUUAUGCAGUCUGGAAACGAGCCCUCAUCGGUGGCUUCUGAGCAGAUGGACGCCGGCGCACCGGAGGAGACCAAGAGGGAGCCGAAACGUCGCAAGACCAGGGCGCCUAUGUCUGGCGAAUCCGGGGCCGUGGCGAUUGGUGAAGAUACAAGGAACGAAGAGCUGACAACUGAUUCAUCGUACAAGGCCAUGGACACCGACGCCAAAGACGAGAAGCCCAAGACCCGGAAGGUCAAGAAGCAAGUCCGCAAGGGCGAGCUGCCCAUCGUCAGCGCUACCCACUCCCUCGAGGUCACCACCAAGAACGCCGUCUCGGAGAGGGAAGCCGCCAUGGUCAUGGAGGACAAGCUAGUCGCCGACACCGAGGAGAAGAAGAACGAGCUCGAGACGUACAUUUACGACCUCCGUAACAAGCUGGACGACCAGUACGCCGACUUCGCCAGUGACGAGGAGAAGGAGAAGAUCCGCGAGAAGCUCAUGGCAUCCGAGGACUGGCUCUACGACGAGGGUGACGACACCACCAAGGCCGUCUACGUCGCCAAGAUGGACGAGAUCCGCGCUCUGGCCGGCCCCGUCGUCCAGCGCCACUUCGACAAGGUCGAGGCCGACCGCCAGGCGCUAAUGGCCAGGCUGGAGGCCGAGCGGGCGAAGAAGGCCGCCGAGGCGGAAGCCCGCAAGGCUGCCGACGGCGACAAGUCGCAACAAGACGGCGCCAAGGACGAGGAGAUGACGGAUGCUGACGCACCCAAGCCCGAGGUGGAGGAGGCCGGUGACCCGUAA